GGGCAGCAGCGGCGGCGGCGGGCAGCCGGAGCGCGAUGGCGGCCGAGCGGGGCCGCUGGCGGCAGCAGGACCAAGACGCUCCGGGGCAGCGGCGGAGACGGCGGCAGCAGCAGCAGCACCAGCAGCAGCGCUCCAGGGCCGGGCUGAGGCGGCGGCCGAGAGGGGCGGGCCGGACCUGGCGGGGCGGCAGGGGCUGCUGAGGGGGACUCAGGCCUGCCGGGCGCCAUGAGCCAAGGCAGCGGGAGCGGCGGCGGUGAGCCGGAGGCCAAGGCUCUCCACACCAAGAGGCUCUACCGAGCUGUGGUUGAAGCAGUGCAUCGAUUGGAUCUCAUUCUUGGAAACAAGGCAGCUUAUCAAGAAGUAUUUAAGCCAGAGAACAUCAGCCUGAGAAACAAGCUCCGCGAACUGUGUGUGAAGCUGAUGUUCCUGCACCCUGUUGACUAUGGGAGGAAAGCGGAGGAACUGCUGUGGCGGAAAGUUUACUAUGAAGUCAUUCAGCUGAUCAAAACAAAUAAAAAGCACAUUCAUAGCCGGAGCAGCCUCGAGUGCGCUUACCGGACUCACCUGAUUGCCGGCAUCGGGUUUUACCAGCACCUGCUUCUCUACAUUCAGUCUCACUAUCAGCUGGAGUUGCAGUGCUGCAUCGACUGGACUCACGUGACGGAUCCCCUGAUAGGUUGCAAGAAGCCAGUCUCUGCAUCAGAGAAGGAGAUGGACUGGGCUCAGAUCGCCUGCCACCGAUGUCUGGUCUACCUGGGGGAUUUAGCUCGAUAUCAGAAUGAAUUGGCAGGCGUAGACACAGAAUUGCUGGCUGAAAGGUUUUACUAUCAAGCGCUCUCUGUCGCCCCACAAAUUGGGAUGCCUUUUAACCAACUUGGGACCCUGGCUGGGAGUAAAUACUACAAUGUGGAAGCUACCUAUUGCUACUUGCGCUGCAUCCAGUCGGAAGUGUCCUUUGAAGGCGCCUACGGGAACCUCAAGCGCCUCUACGACAAGGCGGCCAAAAUGUAUCACCAGCUGAAGAAAAGUGAGAACCGGAAGUUGUCCUCAAGCAAAAAAAGGUGCAAAGACAUUAAAAGGUUACUCGUCAGCUUCAUGUAUUUACAGAGCCUCUUUCAGCCAAAGAGUAGUUCUGCCGACUCGGAGCUGACCUCUCUCUGCCAGUCGGUCCUGGAGGAAUUGAACCUCUGCCUUUUCUACCUGCCCUCUUCGCCCCACCCGAGCUCCACCACGGAGGAGGAGGAGGAGUGGGAGAACAGCUGCUCCUUCCUGCCAGACCUGCUCAUCUUCCGAAUGAUUGUCAUUUGCCUGAUGAGCGUCCACAGCCUCAAGAGGGCAGGCUCCAGGCAGUACAGUGCAGCCAUUGCAUUCACCCUGGCGCUCUUUUCACACCUGAUUAACCACGUCAACAUCCGCCUCCAGGCCGAGCUGGAAGAAGGAGAGAACCCAGUGCCAGCCUUCCAGAACGACGGCACCGAGGGCCCCGAGGCCCAGGAGACGGCAAACUCAGUCGAGAGAGAAACGGAGGCUGACCUGGCCGGCCACCGGGCCCCGGGGGAGCCACAGCAGAACGACAGCCAAAAGGGCAAGAAGUACUCCCGCCUCUCUUGCCUACGCCGUCGCCGCCGGGCCCAGAAACUGGACGAGAGCGACCUGAGCGAGGGCUUCGACUCGGAUUCCAGCCCGGAGUCCACCAAAGCCAGUGGCGCCUCGGAGACAGGCUCCGAGAAGAGCGAUGAGGAAGCCGAGGCGGCCUUUGACAUGGAGACCGAUUCCGACAUGAACAGCCAGGAGUCCCGCUCGGAUCUGGAGGACAUGGAGGAGGAGGAGGCUGAGGCAGAGACCAAAGGGGGAGGCGGGGGCGGCCAGCCUCCAGGUGUCAAGAACGGGACCAGGGGAGUCCCGGAAUUUGUGGCAAGCGAAGGGGGUCGGCCGCAGGACUUGAAGACUCCCGGCCUGCCCAAGAUUGACCCUCCGGAGCCUGUGGCCAAUGGGCCAGGCUCCUUGGGCGGCAGCGAGGCCAGCAUCGCCAGCAACCUGCAGGCCAUGUCCACGCAGCUCUUCCAGACCAAGCGGUGCUUCCGGCUGGCCCCCACCUUCAGCAACGUCCUUCUCAAGCCGGGCUGUGGGCCGCCCGCCCCGAAGGAGGCGGCAGGAGAUGGCAAGCCGUGCAUCAAUGGGGACGUGGAGAGGUCCAUUGCACCUGAGCCAGGUGAGCUGCAAAGAGUUGGUUGGGGAAGAGAAAGACGGAGGGGCAGGGAAAGAAAAGGGAAAGCUGGGUGUCCUCCCCCCCUUCCAGCUUUCGAAUGUUUGCAGAUUGUGUCAGCACAGGGAAGUCACCUGUUAUCUGCUACAUUUCCCAUGGGCUCUAUCUCCAUCUUUGCUGAUAUUUUACGCUGUCCCGGGUCAGGUUGGUGUCGGGAGUCAGCACCCGGCCCAGCACCCCAACUGCAGGGGUAGCUGGUGAAGCAUUUUAAGGGACAUUCGGGUUAAUGUCAGGGUUCCCCAUAACAUCCAAAAUUAAAUUAGAUUCCAAGGCAAAGGAUUCCUCAAA